GUAUGUUACAGGACCCAUUCUGACAUUUCGACAGCAGCUCGUUGAUAUGGCAUCGUCCCCGUCUCCUUCGCGUUUGAACGUCAAUGUUGGAUGACACUUACGUGCCGUCGUGAGUCUCAUUUCCAUCCAUAUGAGCAUGGUAUUUGCCUGUGGUGGAAAGACUGAACUUCCGACAUUCCCGGCGCAAGUGAAACCAAACAAAACGCAGUAAGAUCGCUGCCGCUUAUCGGCCAAUUUUCUUCGGAUCCAGUCUCACUCGGUUAAUUAAACAGCUCGCGAUUUUGCGAGCGGCCAUAGCCGACUCCAGCUUUUCAAGUCUAUUUAUUGCUUGUCUUAUUUGUUCGCUCUCAAAAUCGUCGUCCGAUAAUCUCUUCAACCUAAAAUGGUCCACUUUAGCCCCCCCUUCCGUGCCGAACACCUUGGCUCCCUCCUCAGGCCCGCUACUCUCCUCGAAGCCCGCGCCAACCGAGAGGCUGGCAAAAUCACUGCUGCCGAGUUGAACCAGGUGGAGGAUGAAGCCGUGAAGGCUACCGUCGACAUGCAGAAGGAGCUCGGGUUCAGCCCCGUCACUGACGGAGAGUACAGGCGAGGUGUCUUCUGGGGAUCCUUCUUCCAGGAGCUUGAGGGCAUGACUGAGGUCCAGAACCCUCCUCUCGACAUCUUUAGGACCUAUGUUCCCGACAUUGCCGGUUUCCUCGAGAAGGGCGACAGGCCCGGACAGAGCUGUCUCUGUACUGGCAAGAUCAAGCACACCGGCAAGAGCACACUCAUCGACGAGUUUUCUUUCACCAAGAGUCAGGUGCCUGCUGAGCGGGCAGGCGAUGUCAAGCUCACAAUGAUCAGCCCCGUCUGGUACCACCUUCGGUACAGAGAAGGCAAGGCCUACCCUGCCGACGUCUACGCCAAUGACGAGGAGUACUUUGCCGACAUCGCCAAGGCUUACCGAGCUGAGCUCGACAUCUUGUACGAGGCUGGUGUCAGGAACGUGCAGAUCGACGACCCCAACUUUGCCUACUUCUGCUCCGAGAAGAUGAUUGAAGGAUGGAAGGCGGACAAGACCAACAAGCGCACCCUUGACGAACUCCUCGAUGUGUACAUCAAGUGCUACAACGACGCCAUUGGACAGCACAAGGACAAGAUCCACUUUGGUCUUCACAUCUGCCGAGGCAACUUCCGUGGUUCCAGACAUUUCUCCGAAGGUGGCUACGACCUCAUCGCCACCAAGCUCUUCAAGGAGCUCGACGUCUCCACCUACUACCUCGAGUACGACACCCCCCGUGCCGGCUCUUUCGCUCCCCUCGCCCACCUCCCCGCCAACAAGAAUGUCAUUCUCGGUGUCAUCACUUCGAAAUUCCCCGAGCUCGAGGACAAGGAGGAGAUGAAGAACAGGGUGUUUGAGGCUGUGGAUGUGAUGGCGAAGGGUGUGGGACAGACGAGGGAGCAGGCAUUGGAGAGGGUUGGCGUGAGCCCGCAGUGUGGAUUUGCGAGCCACGAGGAGGGUAAUGCCAUCAAGUGGCAGGAUAUGAAGAACAAGUUGCAGCUUGUUAGGGAGGUCGCCGACUCCAUCUGGCCCGGUCAGGCUUAAGAGAGGUUGAGUGGUGCUGAGUGUGUCUCGUAAUGUUGAAUUUAUGUUCCCUCGCAUUGUCCUACAUAUAUUGCAUUCAUAAUGCCGAUAUUCGUCACGAUAUGUAUUCCGGCUUCGA